GGGCGGGGCUGUGCUGGCUGACCCUGCCGAGGACUGUGAGCCACCUGCACAGGGCCGGGCCGAGCCAAGCAGAAUGUCGCAAGGGCUGGGCGUGAACGCCCUUCCACCUGACUGUGGCCUGAGGACGCCUUCCCUGGGGCAGAGCCGGUUCCGCAGGGCUGAGUGGGGCUGGCACAGGGCUGGGAAGAGGCUGGAGGCUUGGCCAUGAGGUCUGAGGACACGGGAACAGAGGGCUCGGUCCUGCCCGGCUCAGCGAGGACCAGGGAGCUGAAGUGUGGCCUCUGCUGCUAACCACGAUUCUGGGGACUUUUUUUCAGUAGGGAUUAGGCAAGAGGACCAUGUGACCAAUGAGGAAACUAUGUUUUGUUUUGUUUGAUUUUUUAAAGUUUGGGAAGCUCUUUUGACUUAGUUGCUUUUACAGCUUUACCAAGUCACAUCACAGUUGUGUUUUGCUUUCAGUUUUGAGUAUGCAGAACUUAGGAUUCUAGUGUGAGCACAGUCAGGAGCAUGCCACUGGAGAGGCCACGUGUUUGCCAAGCGUGGCCCAGAUGCCGUGGACACGCCGGCCGGCUCCCAGCAGGCAGGGGCCACCUCUUGUGCCACGUGUGUGACCCGGGGCAGGCGUUGAGCUCAUAGGGGAUGGCAUGAGUGACCUUACACCCCCCAGCAGUGCCUGCACAGGGCACAUUCAGGACCCCGCAAGCCAGCGGCUGACGUGGAACAAGGCUCCGAAGAGCGUCCUUGUCAUCAAGAAGAUGAGAGAUGCCAGCCUGCUGCAGCCAUUCAAGGAGCUCUGCACAUACCUCAUGGAGGAAAACAACAUGAUCGUGUAUGUGGAAAAGAAAGUGCUAGAAGACCCUGCUAUCGCCAGCGAUGAAAGCUUUGGGGCAGUGAAGAAGAAGUUCUGCACCUUCCGAGAAGAUUACGAUGACAUCUCCAAUCGGAUCGACUUCAUCAUCUGCCUGGGGGGGGACGGGACGCUGCUGUACGCUUCCUCACUCUUCCAGGGCAGUGUGCCUCCCGUCAUGGCCUUCCACCUGGGCUCCCUGGGCUUCCUGACCCCGUUCAGCUUUGAGAACUUUCAGUCCCAAGUUACUCAGGUGAUAGAGGGGAACGCAGCUGUUGUCCUCCGGAGCCGGCUGAAGGUCAGGGUGGUGAAGGAGCUCCGGGAAAAGAAGACGGCAGUGCACAACGGGCUGGGUGAGAACGGCUCGCGGCCUGUGGGUCUGGACAUGGAUGUUGAGAAGCAGGCCAUGCAGUACCAGGUCCUGAACGAGGUGGUGAUCGACAGAGGCCCCUCCUCCUACCUGUCUAACGUGGACGUCUACCUGGACGGACACCUCAUCACCACGGUGCAGGGCGACGGAGUGAUCGUGUCGACCCCGACGGGCAGCACGGCGUAUGCGGCCGCGGCCGGGGCCUCCAUGAUCCACCCCAACGUGCCGGCCAUCAUGAUCACGCCCAUCUGCCCCCACUCGCUGUCCUUCCGGCCCAUCGUGGUCCCCGCAGGGGUCGAGCUGAAGAUCAUGCUGUCACCUGAAGCAAGGAACACGGCAUGGGUGUCCUUUGACGGACGGAAGAGACAAGAGAUCCGCCACGGAGACAGCAUCAGCAUCACUACCUCAUGCUACCCGCUGCCCUCCAUCUGUGUGCGGGACCCCGUGAGCGACUGGUUUGAGAGCCUCGCCCAGUGCCUGCACUGGAACGUCCGGAAGAAGCAAGCCCACUUUGAGGAGGAGGAGGAGGAAGAGGAGGAGGAGGAGGGCUAGGUCGAGGCUCGUCCAGGCCCGAAUCUUUCCACUGUCUGUUUUUCUGCCCUCCGUGCACCCUCUGGGGACACACCAAUCUGUGUGUGUCUGUGAACACCUCUGUCUAAAUGGCACGACCACUUCCUUUCUGUAGCUGGGUUAGAACCUGGGUCUGCCUUGUGUCCAGAUCAGCUGUUUUUUUAACAUUUUAAAUCUGACUUUUUUUGCAUUUCUAAAAAAGCAAAGUGAGAAACGGGCUGGGAGCUGUUUUGUCCCGCUGACUCCCAACCCCCUUCCCCGCUCACCCCCGUGGGUCCCCGGAGCAUGGCCUCCAGCUGCCGGAAUUCCACGCCAGAUCAGUCAACUGAAAUUCAGAGGGGUCAGAGUGACUCGACCUGUCCUUCCAUGUUGACAAUAAAUGUCUCACCCAAAAGCCUUCCUCAGCGGCAAAGCUUCUGCUCUCGGCCUGAGCGUCCUCCCUAAAACCUCUGCACGGAAAUCCAAGCGAGGCGCCAUUGAAAGCAGGGGCUUGCUGGUGGCUGGCAAGCUGGUUUUGUUCUGCUCAGUUUCUGGAGAGGGCUGGGUGCAUCCCCCACCCUUCCCGCGUGAGGCCGGCCCUGAGUGUGGGACCCACAGCGGGAGGAGCUGGCGUCUCCGUGACCCAUGCCUUCCUCAGUGUAGCUUCUGCUCCCAGGGAGGGGGUUUAAAUCCUGUACAUACUUUUUAAAGGCUGUUUGAAACUUUUUGAAGUGCUUACGUACAUAUUUUCUUGUACACACUUUUGUGAAGAUUUCGAGGGGAAGCGUGUCGUCCUACCGUUAAAUGUUUACGUUCCUGCUCUGCAAGACACCGUCCUCAGGGACCAUUCGGGGACCAUUCUGUUCAGCGCGAUCCUGAGGGUCUGGGAGAUGGGGUUUUCCGGGCUGCUGAUCGUGAUCCCUUUUGUUUUGUAACUAAUGAGAAUUUUGAGACUAACCCAAGUGAAGGACUCAACACAGUGAUUUUCCUCCUGCCUCUCCCAUGAGCCUCCGGCCUGCAUGUGGGCACUGUGCGCCCCGGUGCCCAUGUCUUCCACAGGCACAGCGGGCACAGGUGUGUGGAGGCUGUGGUCAGGGCCUGGGGUCCUGGUCGCUACUGCCCAGGCAUCCAUCUUUUGAGUACCUGCUCAUCUGCUGGAUUGUAAGGACAGGAAGUUUGGAGAGGUGCUGCCCGCAGCUGCCCGGCCCAGCCCAGGCACGUGUCUGCCCUUCUCACCCCCAUCUGAGCACCUCAACUCUGCAAACUUCAGCGUCCAAAAUCCCGGGGUGUGAUUCUGGGCAGUGGGCCUGGCUGUAAGUCAGCCAUGACCCUGAGCACAGGUGAAGCCUCCGCCCGCCCAGCCACGGGCGCAGGAGGAGAGAGGGACCAGUGCCCAGCAUUAGGGCCGGAAGACAGCCAUGUUCGGAAUUCCAGUCACUCACCUGAACAAAAGGCAUGAACUGAGCUCUAAAGCAGCCUGAGAUGGGAAUGAUCUAGAAAACUUGCGAUUUUUUAAGUAAAUUUUAAUGUUUCAUAUUAAUUUCUUGAAAAUUUAUUAAAUGUCAUUGAGAGCCUUACUACAAUUUUCAGAUCCUUUCAAUAAACAAGACUUGUAAAAAAGAA